GCAAGUCGUAUAGACAAAUUGUCAAACUUGUCAGAUGUGAUCCCAAGACAGUUGGAAAUGUGCUAAACAGACUUGAAAACCCAUCUCAAAUAUUAUCGAAUCGUAGAGGAAGACUACCAAUCAUAGACGAAAUGGCACAAGAUUGUUUAUCAGAACUUGUUUUAACUAACCUGGUCUCACGUGUUGCCCAUGUAAAGCCUUUUAUUAGUGAUAAGACUAAAAAAGAGCAUAAAGAUUGGGCAGAAAAGCAUCUUAAUUGGACAACUACUGACUGGAAAAAUGUUCUCUGGUCAGAUGAAAAGUAUUUUACUUUAGUCCAUUCUAAUCCAUAUCAGCAUGUAUGGAGGAGGCCAGGUGAAGAAUUUAAUGAUGAUUGUCUUGUUCCAGCUAUCAAAUCUAAAGAGAUUAUGAUGUGA